AUGUCCUGGGUCAAGCGGCGGGCUGGUCCCCUGAUCGUCCUCGGAACAUCUGCAGCUGGCGGCGCUGCGUAUCGCUUCUUCGGUCCCUCGAAAUCGUCCGAUGCGUCGCUCAACCCUCACACGUUCACGCCGUACACACUCGUCGACAAACAACCUGUAUCCUCAACCAACGCUAUAUUCACGUUACGAAAUGCCAAUGGCGCACCAGACUCACAGAGUGUGAAGGAGGUGGAGAAGCGCAGCGUGUGGAGCGUGCAAGUAAAGCAGCCGCAAUUGCAGAUUGCACGCGCCUACACACCACUGCCUCAUACGACCGAUGGCAGGAAGGACGAAAAUGCACCUCAGGACAUGAGGCUUUUGAUACGACAAGAAACUGGAGGAGAGGUGUCAACAUAUUUGCACAGAUUGCCAGAGAAAGCAACAAUAGAACUUCGCGGCCCAAACGCUGAGUUUGAGUUGCCUCGCAAUGUCAAGGAGGUCAUAUUCCUGGCAGGAGGGACAGGCAUCGCACCGGCUAUGCAGGUUGCGCAGGCUCUGAGCAGGAGAACAGGCAGUAAAAUGCAUAUCUUGUGGGCAAACAGGCGGCGAGAAGAAUGUAUAGGCGGUGUCAGCGACGACCAAGGAACCCCGAGCACCUCACAAAAUCGGUUGGGGUGGUGGAAGAGCGUUCUCAUUGGCUCCAGCGAGACUGCGACGUUGGUUGGGCUCUCGAAAGACGACCCAACUGAAAGUGAAACACCUCAGGACAAAGGCCUCAUUGUGAAAGAGCUGGACGCGCUCAAGGCGAACAACACGGUUGCAACACAUGGGUUGAAGGUUCAAUAUUAUGUCGACGAAGAGAAGAGUUUUAUCCAACCCGACGACGUCACAAAGAGGAUGGCUAGCACAUCGCAAGAGAAGGGAUCGAAACUCAUCAUAGUUUCUGGUCCUGAUGGCUUUAUCGAACAUUGGGCUGGCAGGAAACUUUGGGCUGAUGGCCGGGAAGUCCAAGGCCCACUUGGAGGUGUGUUAAAAGGAAUAGAUCUAGGGGACUGGAAGGUCUUCAAGCUGUAA